GUAACGACACGAUACUUAUCCGGUUCAGGCAGAUCUUUUUUGGCAACUGAUAAUUUUUGCAACAUAUUAGAGCUGUGACAAUGUGGGCUGGAGCGAUUGAUUGACUCGACUACAGUCUCGAUUGACCGUUGGUGUCGUGCGGAGUUCUAGUCCUCCUUUUCUGUGACUUGGCUGUGAUUUUUUGGUGAAAUGGUCUCUUUCAACGUGUAUCUUUUGCUGCUGGCUGGUAUUCAGCUGGCCCUGACUGCUCCAAAUCGGGAUCGACGACGCCAAGACACGGAAGGUUGCUCGAGAAGCUUACCGGAUCUGAACGAAUGUGUGGAAAACUCCAUUCAGUAUUUCAUAAACUUUAUGGCUAGUGGGAAAUUAACGCCGAAAGUGGCGAUUACGACGUUCGAUCCGCUGCUACUACCGAACAUGACGAUCAGCCAUCAGACGCAGAACUUUAACGCCAUUUACGUCAACCGGUAUUUAUUGGGUUUGAAGAAUAGUUUUGUUUACAAUACGAGCGUUGAUCUGGACAAUUUGGAACUUAGUUCAACUUUUAUGAUGCCCGCACUGGAGCUACUGGGCAUGUAUUCAGGCGAAUCGCUCGAUGAUCAGGAAGCCACCGAGAACUCAAUCCUAACGAUUUCCAUUCGAAGUUCAACGGUCAAAUUCCGCGUGAAAGGUGAACUCUACAAAUCGACAGCUCGUAUGGAAUUCCUCCGGUUGAACGUAACCGACGUCGAUCUGGCGAUGGGUCCGUACGUGAUCAAUGAUCUGGAUCACAGCACACACAUUCCCCGGGUGAAUCGACAUUUCAACAGCAUUCCACGACCGGAAUUCGUCAAGCUAAUCGAGAAGGACCUCCGAAUGCAGCUCAGUUCUCGGCUUCAGCACAUUGCAAACGAAGUGCUGGCGUUAGCGCCGUAUGAAAAGAUUUUCCCUGUAUGAAAGCACGACCCACGAUAAUAAAAACGCAAAGAUCCUCACACACACAUACAAAAA